AUGGAGGCUCUUGAGCAUCUGUGGCACUUUAAGACACUAGUAGUCAAAUGCUGCAGUGAUAUCACGUCUCUGCCCGAGUCCCUUUUCCGCCUGCCUUCACUCACCAAUCUAACCCUUGACAUGCCGCGGCUAUCAGUUCUACCUGACGAGAUUGGGCAUUUGUCAAAGCUCCACACACUCGUGCUAGACCUGAAGGAGCUCGCAAUGCUUCUUGAUUCCAUUGCUCUGCUUACCACGCUCCAAGAGCUCGCCUUAGAUAAUCUCUACAACCUGCGUUCUCUGCCCGCGGACUUGGGGCAGCUGAAUGCUCUUGAAAAGCUGCGCCUGAACAGCCUUCGCGAGCUCACACGCCUGCCUAAAUCUUUCGGGCAGAUGACGGCUCUCCAGGAGCUGAAAAUUCUGGAGUGCUGGCUGCUGCAGGAACUUCCGGACUCCCUAUCCCAGCUAUCUUCUCUCGAGCACCUGGAGAUUAACAAUUGUCCUAGUUUCAGUGUUCUGCCAGAUGAAAUGGGGAACGGAAAUUUCUGGGAGCUGUCUUCCCUCCAAGAGUUGGUGCUGCUCGGGCUGAAGCAGGUCCGCAGCUUGCCUGAGUCAUUUGCUAAGCUGCCUAAGCUACAGGUGCUGCUAGUUACUGCGUGCAACAAGCUGGUUCGGGUGCCAUCUUCUAUCCGGAGAAUGCCAACGUUGCGUGAGUUUGAUAUCAGUGAGUGUCCUUCGCUCCCAUGGCGAGACAGGAGGGGCCUUCGUGGAAGAGAGAACAAGGAGGACGAGGAGGAGGGAGAGGAAGUGGCGGUUGAUGAAGAGGAGGAGGAAGGAGGGGAGGAGGCAGAGGAUGAGGAGGGGGGAGAUGUGGCAGGUGAAGGGGAAGAGGCAGAUGGGGAGGAGGAGGGUGCAGAGAGUGGUGGUGAGGACUGGGGGAUCAACCAUGAGUAUGGAUUGGGCAGCGAAGAUGAUGGCUGGAGGGCGGGUGAUGACGACGACGAGGAAUAA